UAGAUGACUCUCUCGUAUUGAAAAGGUUAAGGAGAAAUUUAAAACAUUAUGUUACAUUAAAAAAAAAGUGUUAUAUUUUUUCCACAUUCUACUGUACACAACUUUUCCGAAAUAAAGGAAAACUGAAAUUAAAAGAAGUGUUAUUUUUUCGUUCCGUCCCACACUGAUUGCUUUCAAUCUUAUUGAAGAACAAAAUAAGUUAUACAACCUCUAACUUGCAUUGCGUUUAUAGAAGAUCGCCCCCUCCUCAACCUCAGGAAAACCUGUUUCAGGUGAGAAGGGCCAACGACUGUAUUCCUUGAGGCGGCCCACAACACAAGUGUCAGCUCACCUGGCUGCUCCCUUCAAGGUUUCAAAGUGCGAUUCAAAUCAAAGGAUUACUCUCUGUGUGUGUUUAGAUUUUGGAUUAUUAGGAUUAUUUCUUAAUUCAUCUAAAAGGGUUCUGAAAAUGAUUUAAUUCGAGGCAUGCUUAGCAAUGGAUACCUUAGGGAUAACUCAACCAUCGCAGCCAUCAUGAAACACAUUUGCUUAGUCUUUAUUUUAAGUACUCUUCUCGCAAAAAAAUGUUCUGGACAGAUCAACAGGCCACCGGAAUUUCUAGUUGGAGGAGAUAUGGAUUACUUCUCUCUCAAAGAGGACACACCAGUCGGUGCUUCUGUCUACACGCUCCGAGCAAGGGAUCCAGAAAAUCUCCAAGUCCAUUAUUACAUCAGCGGUGACUCCUUUUCGGUGGAACGAGAUACGGGAGUAGUGAAACUGAUCAGGGCUCUGGAUCGUGAAACUGUCAACACUGUGGAUGUCAUAAUCAGUAUCGCUGAUCAAGGUUUCGCUGGGCUCAAUCCAAACACGAUUUCCAUCAGAAGAGAGAUUACAAUACUGGAUGUAAACGACAAUGCACCCGUUUUCCAGAAUCUUCCAUAUUCAUUUGACAUGGAUGAAGCAAGUCGAAUUGGAACAACUGUUUAUAGAGAUAUUGUGGUCACGGAUGCAGACGUUGGUGCCAAUGCUGAAAUUAAACUUUCCUGCUCACACGAAAAGACUCCAGAAGCGUGCAAAACCUUUGAAGUUCGUGGAACGAGGAUAAGCAAUGGUCGGAUUCGUGGUGAAAUAGUUUUGAUAGAUUCAUUAGAUUACGAACACCAAACUUCUUACACGAUAACAGUCAUAGCAGAGGAUUCAUCAGAAUCUGUAUCUUUGAGAACGUCAACAAACAUUUUGGUGAAUGUAAAAGAUGUUCAGGAUCAACCACCCGUCUUUCAGAACGCACCCUUCACAGCCACUGUUAUGGAAAAUAGUCCAGAGGGUUCUUCUGUUUUGAAUUUGGCUGUCAAAGACGGAGAUGGCGGUGAACCACGUGACCUAACACUCCUCAUAGAAAACGAUGUAAAAGAAUAUUUCAAGCUCGGCAAUGUGGUGAGCGACGAUCGUAAGCUGUACACAACAAUUCUGGAGACACGCAAUCCAAUUGACAGAGAAGACCCAGGAAUAUUGGAUAAUGGUGGACUCUAUGUUUUUCAGAUUAAGGCUAUAGAGUUGGUGAAUGGGUUGCCCGUGGGAGAGUCAUCAACGGCCAACAUCACUAUAGUAGUUGGAGACGUGAAUGACGAGGCACCCAUCUUCAGUGGACAUGACUUCAAUGUGAGCAUCUCAGAAGACAUAGGAAUGAAUACACCACUUCCGGGACUCAGUAUUGUUGUCACAGAUAUGGAUGUUGGAGAUAAUGCAAAAUUCAGUCUUGUCUUAGAAGAUGUGAUGAACUCAGAAGGUAUGUUUGCCGUCUUUCCGACUGUUGCAAUUGGAAGAACACCCGUUAUCAUAAGAAUACAGAAUGCACAAGAUUUGGAUUAUGAAAAUAUAAAUAAAAGAAUCUUUAUUUUUAAGAUCAAAACUUUGCAAGAAGGAUUUGAAAGUGAUUCUGCCACCGUAACUGUGACUUUAACAGACGCUAAUGAUAAUGCUCCAGUUUUCCAAAAUGAUCAGUACCUGUUGCAAGUACCAGAAAAUGUUGAGCCGGGGCGAAGCAUAUUUACUUUAACAGCUAAUGAUGUUGAUAGUGGCCGUUUUGGAAAAAUCACCUACGCUCUGAAAGGAUUUGGAUCUAACAAGUUUGAUGUGAAUUCAGAAACGGGAGAAAUGGAAGUGUCCGAAUGUGGACAAUCCACAUGCCUGGAUUACGAAUCUCAGAAAAGCUACUCCCUUACUUACGAGGCCAAAGAUGGCGGCGACAGGGUGACGUCCGUGAAUUUGUUCGUCGAGAUCACAGACACCAACGAUAACACUCCACAAUUCACCAAAGAAGUCUACACUCAUGAAGUUUUAGAGAACACUGCGAAGCUCUUACCACCGCUAUUCAUUAAGGCAACUGAUUCUGACGGUCCAACGCAGGGGAAUGGAAAAAUCACGUACAGCAUAGAAUCCAGUGAACUGGAAGACGUGUUUGCCAUAUCUAUUGAUCCUGAAUCAGGAGAGGUUAUUCUUCAACGACCUCUGAAGCAUUCUGAAACACCAUCUGGCAAUGGAUUGGUCACCAUCACCAUCAAGGCAACUGACCACGGCAACCCACCCCUCUCCUCUACCACCAAGCUGAUUCUGAAAGUCAAGAAAGAGAACGAUGGGGCCCCAGAGUUUAUUCAUCUUCCUUACAGUGCAAGCGUGAAAGAAAAUUCCGUUGGAGGCACCAGUGUCAUCAAAAUCAAAGCUUCUGAUCCAGAUGGUCCAGACUCUGGUCUCAGUUAUUUCAUCCGUAGUGGGGCUAAAGACAAUUUUGUUCUAGACCAGAAGUCCGGUCUCAUCACGGUUGCCCCAGGAGCAGACUUGGACAGAGACGUCUAUGGAUUAGAUUAUAACAUUACUGUUCAGGCUGUGGAUUCAGGAAGUCCAGUGCAUCAAACAGCAACGGCAACAGUAUUGAUUACAGUGGAAGAUGUGAACAAUAAACCACCAGUAUUUACACAGGAAUCAUACGUGGAAUACGUUCCUGAAAGUACCAACGUUGGCGAUGAAGUACUUUCAGUGUUGGCAGUGGACCCCGACAAAGAUGCCAAGGUCCGUUACUCUAUUGUAGAACCAAUCGUUGCCCGUGACAAGACAGGAUCAGUCGUUACAUCACCUUCCUAUAACUACAAAACGGCGUUUAGAAUCGAUGGAACAAAUGGAAAAAUCACUGUCAAUCAGCCUUUAGAAUAUAAUUCAGCAUCUGUCGUUAUUUUAACUGUUGAAGCUGUUGAUCUCAAUGCUGUUGAUAUCACUUUUGGAAAGCAGCAAAAAACAUCAGUGGAAGUAACUAUUUACAUCCGGGCUCAUGGAGAGAUGAAUCCUGUUUUUUCGCCGCCAUGGACACUAUCACAUCCUGUAAUCGAAAUCACAGUUCCGGAAGAGACAUUGAUUGGUUCAACAUUGCUGACGUUGUCUGCUAGAGAUCCACUCAACAAUGCUGUCGUCAAUCAUUUUGAGAAGAUAUCGGGUUCGGAUCCUGAUAAUUACAUUUCAGUCAGUCCAGUUUCUGGGGUGGUUGCCUUGAAUCGCCGAUUAGAUUUUGAAUCUUUGCCCUUGAAGCAGAUAAAUUUCAAAGUAAAAGCCAUCAUUGGAGAUGUAAAAAGUCGGAGAUCGAGUGAGGCUACUGUCAACAUACACGUCCAGGACAUCAACGACAAUAGUCCAGUAUUCUCUCAAAACUCUUAUACUACGAGUAUUUCGGAAUCUGCUGAAUAUCCUCAAAGUAUAUUGACGGUGAUAGCCUCUGACAAAGACAGCCAGGAAGGUUUUGGAACAAUCAAAUAUUCCAUAUCUGGCGAUGGUAGUGACGUCUUCGAUGUGGACGAAAACUCUGGAACUAUAUCUAUAAGAGAAAACUCCACUCUGGACAGAGAACGCCAGACUGCUUACAACUUGCAAAUCACUGCAACGGACAACCCAAAAGGAUUGGCCAAUCAAAGGCGCACAUCAAUCAUAGUUGUGAUUAAAAUAUUGGAUGAGAAUGACAAUGCACCUAAAUUCAGCCAAGAAAUCUACACAGCUGUCAUUCCUGAAAAUGUGCCCACGGAAUUCAGUAUUGUGACCGUAAAGGCGGCUGAUGCUGACAGCGGACAAAAUGGAGAAGUGCAGUACCUGAUACAGGAUGAUGCUGACGGUCAACCCAUCAGUUUCUUUGCUGUGGAUCCGGUUUCAGGAGUGGUUUCCGUCAUAAGGACACUUUCAGGUAAAGGACGUAGUGAGCCCUACACGGUUAAGAUCAAAGCCAUGGACAGAGGAACUCCCCCCUUGCAUUCGAUCUGUCAUCUACUGGUUGUCAUCGGUGACAUCUCUACCAAUGAUGGAGUUCCACAAUUCAUCAGACCCACUGCUGGAGAAGUAGCCUAUAUACAAGAGAACGUGACAGUAGGAACGGAAGUGUUCCAGGUGGUAGCCUUUGAUCCGGACAAUUCGAACACGGCCAAUGGGAAAGUGGCUUACAAGUUGCUGGAUGACCAAAGUUCAGAAAAGAGCGGAUAUGAAUUUGAAAUCGAUGCGGCCACUGGUAUCAUCAAGACCCGGUCACCACUGGACAGAGAGAGGAAAGAAAACUAUACAAUGAUAGUAGUUGCACACGAUUUCGGAUUUCCUCCUCAGGAAGCUCACAGAGUUCUCAGACUGUUUGUACACGACGUGGAUGACAGCGAGCCACAAUUUCAGAGACCUCUGAAAAGUCAACCGAUCGAGAUAGUUUUAAAAGAGGAACAGCCAAUCGGAACUAUAGCUGGAGUUGUGAAGGCCGUGGACAACGAUACAGGAGUGAAUGCCAUAAUCGAUUACUACAUUUUAAAUGGGAACGAUGACAACGUGUUCUCAAUCCGACGCAAUUCAGACAAUGAGGGUGAGCUGGUCAUUCAAAAGAGGAUCGACAGGGAAAACAUGACGAAGGUGACCCUCACCAUCAAAGUGAGCAAACCAUCAGAACCGGUGACUUCAUUCGACCAGCCCUACAACUAUCAAGAUCUCUCUCAAACACAGGUGACAAUCAUCGUUGAGGACAUUGACGAUAACCCUCCCGCAUUCGAUUCACCCCUCUACGUACUAGGUGCAAGGGGCAACACAGUUGUGGAUACAGAGUUGGUAACCCUGCAUGCAUCUGACCCAGACUCAUCUUCUAGUCCAAUCAUGUACAACAUUAGAAACAUCACAUUUAUUAGGCCAUCCACGAAAGAGAAUGAUGCGGUGUUAGAUGCAUUCCACAUUCAUCCAGCAACCGGUGCUCUCAGCAAUAAUGAGGCUCUUGGAAAGUACGUCGGUGGUCACUUCGAAAUCACAGUGGAUGCUCGGAGCUCUCCGGAUGCAAGAUACAUGGCGUUCGCAAACGUCAAGAUCUUCGUUCUUCAAGACCGUGAUCUGUUGAAAUUCGUUUUCUACAAGAGGCCAAACGAAGUCAGGGAAAUCAUUCCAGAUUUUGAAAAAGCAUUAAAGUUAGCAAUUGCCAAACCCAUAUCGUUGAAUGUUUAUGAUACUAAUUUCUAUGCCAGAAAUGACGGAAGUCUCGAUUUUGAGAGCACAAGUUCCUGUUUUCAACUAUUAGAAAAUGAUGUCAUCAUCGAUCCUAAAAAAGUUAUGAAAAUACUGAAUCGAGCCAAAUCGCCAAGUAUUCGAGAACUUUACUCAAACUACAGUGUCGUUGCCAUAGAAAGCUGUGCUGGUCGGAGGGAAGCU